GCGAAACUUCAUCAGCAUCAAACUCAUCAACCACAACCAAACAUUUAAUCACUUCCAAUCAAAAAUGUUUGCUGUUCCAGGAUGGUCCGUCUCAGCGGACGGCCUCAAAUCUGAAGCCCCCGGCAAAAACAAUAGUAACAGCGCGCCCGGCAAAAAAUCCAAUAAGCGCAAGCGCAACAACAACAGCGCUGCUGAGAAUGUCACACCUUCAACUGUCGCUGAUCUUUGGGAGUCCGUGAUUGAGGGAAAGAAGACCGAGCAACCCAAGCCUGAAAAGGCUGCCAAGAGGCAGAAGAAGCAGAAGAAGGCUAAGGAUGGUGAGGAUGAGAAGCUGAAGGAGGGCGAGGAGACGAAGGAGGAUAAGAAGGAGGGUGAUGAUGAUGAUGAGCAGCCCAAACCUAAGAAGGAGAAGAAGGACAAAAAGAAGAAGCAAAAACAGAAGUCUACCGAGGACUCAACAGAAACCACCACUUCACCGGCAAAGGACGUCGUCGCAAAGACAGCACCUCAGCCUCCCGCUCCUCCCAAGCUCACUCCCCUACAAGCUUCGAUGAGAGAGAAGCUCAUCUCAGCUCGAUUCCGCCACCUCAACGAGACACUCUACACCCGUCCCUCUGAAGAAGCUUUCAGUCUAUUCGAUGAGUCCCCCGAGAUGUUCGACGAGUACCAUGAAGGUUUUCGUCGCCAGGUCAAGGUCUGGCCUGAGAACCCCGUCGACAGCUUCCUCAAAGAUAUUCGCGCACGCGGCAAGGUUCGCCAACAAGGCAAAGGCAGACCUGGAGCCCCUCCUACUCCUUUGGCUAAGACACCGCUACCUCGUACGCAACAGGAGUGUACUAUUGCUGAUCUUGGCUGUGGUGAUGCUCGUCUCGCGGAGGCUCUUCAGUCAGAUGGCAAGAAACUCAAAGUCAACGUCAAAAGCUACGAUCUCCAGAGCCCAAGUCCCCUAGUCACCAAGGCUGAUAUCGCCAAUCUGCCUCUUGCUGACGGUUCCGUCAACGUUGCUGUCUUUUGUCUCGCUCUUAUGGGCACCAACUGGGUCGAUUUCAUCGAGGAGGCCUACCGUAUUCUCCACUGGAAGGGUGAGCUCUGGGUUGCUGAGAUCAAGAGCCGUUUUGGUCCCAUCCGAAAUAAGAACGCCCCCGUUACCCACAGUGUUGGCAACCGCAAGAAGAACGCAAUGGCUGGCAAGAAAGGCAAAAAGGGCGCUGAUAACGAUGCCGAGCAUGAUGAGGAUCUGGCCGUAGAGGUCGACGGUAUGGAUGAUCGCCGCCGUGAGACAGACGUAUCAGCGUUCGUCGAGGUGCUCAGGUCACGCGGUUUUGUUCUUCAGGGAGAUAGAGAGGCGAUCGAUUUGUCCAACAAGAUGUUUGUCAAGAUGCACUUCAUCAAAGGAGCAUCGCCCACAAAGGGAAAGCAUGUCAAGGAGCAGGAGGCUCCCAAGGGUAAGAGGGGCAUCAUCCGCAGGAUAGAUCCCAUCGAUGAGCAGCCAGAAUUUAACGAAGCUUCUGUCUUGAAGCCUUGCGUCUAUAAGAUCCGGUAAAUUUAACCAGCAGAGAGAGGGGGGAUGGUUUCAUAGAUUAGUUACUGCGAUGAGCAAUACCCGCACCAAAAGCUGAUGAGCAAUUUGUACUUCAUAACUACGUUUAAUCCUUGUAUCUUAAUACUCCAAAGCAUCAUGCCGCAUUAUAGCGAAAUGGUCAUGCCGGUGC